AUGCUUCAUACAAUUCGAAGCGGAACGCCCCGGGCUUCUAUGGAGGGCCUGCCGCCUGAAAUCAUCCUCGUCAUUUUUGAUAUUCUGGGAGGACAUAGUGGCGAGUGUAAAAACAGCAACACGUACGACGAGAAGGAGACCAUCAAGACUAGCCACGAGGAGAUUCGAUUCCAUCCCGACAAGGGAGAAUACAAGCUGGUCACCUUAUUCAACAAGCCGUUCCGAGGCAUCGCAGAUGCAUUGCGCCUUGCGUCAACCUGCAAAUACCUCUACAAGAUCAUCAGCCCAGCAACCUACAAGCACGACAUCAAGCACCACUACAACUCUUCUCUGCUGAUAUCCGCGAAGAAGGAUAACAUCAUCGGCGUGAAAAAGGCUAUGUCGCACGGCGCAGAUGUCAUGGCCUACGACCAGACCAACUUCGACCAUUGCCGCGAGCCACCUUUCACGAGGCGUGGCAGAAUCAGCGUCGUGAGAGAACAUACGCUUCUUUGCAUGACCUCCUUAACAUGGGCAUGCUUGAACGAAAAUGCAGAGCUGGCCAAGUUCCUCCUCGACAGUGGUCAUACGCAGACUGCGCUGGGUGGCUUCGGGUAUACGCGAUACAUUGGGGCCUGUGGCAAGCUUUAUGACUUGGGGCUUCUGAUGAAACGUCACCCCUCUCGGGCAAUGCUCUGUCACACUCAGAAGGAGUACGAAGAGAUGAGAAUCGCCGAUCGCAGCGGCCAGCGCUGGGACGCUGAAGGUUUCCCUGACGUGGGAGCGAGCCCUCUUUUCUUCGCCUUGAAAUCCUGUCCCGACGAGUUGCGGUCGCAAUGGCAGUCAACGAGAUGGCGCAACAACCACCCCAUUGUCGAAAGCGACGUCAAUGGCAGACGACUUGCGGUAGCGCGAGUCUUGAUCGAAGGCGGCGCGAGCCUGACCACCCGUGAGCGCGGCAAAAUCCAUGCCAUCCAUCAAACUUGUGCCGCCCGAGACACUGAUGUCGUCAACUAUCUCCUCAACGAGCUGAAAGUCAACCCCAAUGUCACAUGCGAGAACGGCAACACGCCCCUUCAUUUCAUGGCGAUGAGCCUCCUUCACAAGCGGCCCCCCGCGCAAGUCCGCAUCGACUUCCCCCCGGGAAAUGAGGCGUCGGUCAUUGACAUGCUGGUCAGCAAAGGGGGCCGACAUCUCCUUGCAGAACAACGAUGA